AUGGAUUUAGUCAAUGCUUUUUGGGUUCAUCGACGAAACGUCAACUUUGGCUUUAAGUAAGUCGUUUAAAAUGGCAAGAACUUUCUUUACAAAGCAACCAAUGGCAAGAAUUUUUUUUACAAAGCUUAAAAUUGCAAGAACUUUCUUUACACAACAAAAAAUAGCAAGAACUUUCUUUACAGACUAUAAAAUGGCAAGAACUUUCUUUACAAAUCAAAAAAUGGCAAGAACUUUCUUUACAAAUCAAAAAAUGGCAAGAACUUUUUUUAAAAACUACUAAUGCCAUGUAAAAAUGACAUUUCAGCACAAUAACCAUAAAGCUUCGUUUUGAAACGCUGUUAAUGACAGAAAAGCCGAUCAUCUUCCGACUGUCAAUGUCAUUCAUCGAUGAACCCAUAAGUUUCUACACAGCCUUAUUAAGACCAGCUGAUUAUAUGGCAUUCAAGCUGAAUGGCAACAACUUUCCUUCCGUCUUUCACAGAAUGUUCUUUGAUGAAGAGUAAGGCGGGGUUGGGUAGGGUAGAACAGGGUAGGGUAGGGUACAGUAGGGUAGGGUAUUGUAGGAUAAGACAGAAUUGAGUAAGUUACAGUAAACUAAAGUAGAUUAAGUUACUGUAGGAUAAUUAAAGUAAGGUCACGGCAUUCUACAGGCCAAAGCAAGAUAAGCAAAGGCAAGGCAAGAGCAGGAAAAAGGGUAGGCAAGGGCGGGGAAGUGAAGAACGGAGCAGGAUAGGACGAGACAGGACAUGGUAGGAAAGAGUUAUGUUAGAGCUAAGGUUGAACUACAGUAGAGCAUGGCAUAAUAAGGCAAAUUAGUGUAGUGUACGGUAAGAUAAGGUAGGAUGGGGGUAAGAUAGGGUAGGGUAAGGUAGGGUACGGUAGUGUGGGGUAGGGUAGGGUAGGAUAGGGUAGGGUAGGGUAAAGUAUGGUAGGGUAGGGUAGGGUAGGGUAAAGUAGGGUAGGGUAGGGCAUUGUAAAUAUUUUAAAAAUUCAUUUUCAGAACCUCAAUAGAUGUAGUAGCCCAAUCAGUGGAUAAAAGUUUGUUCAUGAGCUUGAGAAACUCGGCUAUAACAAUAUCACCCGCCAUUACCAUUGUUCUGCUGAAGGCUGGAUUGGAAGAAACGAAUGCUCAUCUGAAGUCAAUUAUUCAUGAAAUGAGGGUGAGAUUUCAAUUUUUUAAACUUUUUAUAAUUUAGGUAACAAAAUUGCUUUAAAUGGGCUCAAAUAGGCCUAAAAUCAAACAAAUAGGCCUAAAAUUGUCUAAGAUAAGCCUAAAAUAAUGAUUAUUCCUUCAGACCGAACGUACCAACGCAGAAACCGAGCUGAACGAAGUCAGAACUGAAAACCAACGUCUAAAACAACAAUUGUCAGUUAUGAAACAGACCGACCAGUUGGUGAAGAAAGCUUUGGCACAGCUGGGCCGAAAGUGUUGUGACAAGGCUGAAGAUGAAGGUGUAGAUAUUGAAGAUGAACCAGCUGAAAUCAAUGAAAGGAAGAAUAAUAAUGGUCAGUCUACCCUACCCUACUUUACCCUACCCUACUCUACUCUACCCUACCCUACCCUACCCUACCCUACCCUACCCUACCCUACCCUACCCUACCCUACCCUACCCUACCCUACCCUACCCUACCCUACCCUACCCUACCCUACCCUACCCUACUCUACCCUACCCUACCCUACUUGAUUUUUCCUGCCUUACCGUACUGUACCCUACAACGCCCUGACUUGCCAAAUACUAUAUUUGUACCCUACCUUGCCCUACUGUACCCUGACCAUAGCUGUAACCCGGCCUUUUCCUAUCAUGCUCUGUCUUGUCCUACACUGCAGGGCCCUGCCCUACCUUAAAAUCCCUUGCCCUUACCUAUUGCCAAACCCUUCUUCUACCCUUUACUUGCUUGUGCCUGCCCUGUCUUGGCCUAUAGAAUGCCCUGAAUCUACCUUGAUGGAUUCUACAGUACCUUAAUGUACUUUACCCUGCUAUUAUAUAACAUACCUUACGCUACUCAAGCCCUACCUCAGCCUUACCUUCAAAAAUAAAAAUAUGAAAAAACUUUCUUUACAACUCAAAACCUCUCUUUCAGCAAGUCCAAUAACCACCUCCCUACUCCCAACCAUACCCAACCCAACCAACCCAGCAUCGGAAUCCAGCUCCUCUGAUAUUAUCCUAGGCAUAGCGUCAUAUCUUCUUUGUGCUGUAUGUGAGAAAGUGUCAGUACCAGCGAAACACUCCAACGAGCUGAGCCAGCACUUCCUGCAGGCUCAUGCUGACAAUCAGUCCAAUCGCUGUUUGGUCUGUCCUGAAGAUUCAAACGUGCUGGAUUUGGAAAGCCAUGCCAAGUCACACGCCCAGAGGGUAUAUGCUUGUGAAUACUGUGGUAAAAAGGGAAGGAAACACUAUUUGAAGAGUCAUGUCAGGACUCAUACUGGAGAGAAGCCUUAUAAGGUAGGGUGGUUUUUGUAAUGUGAGGGAGAGGGGGGGGAGGAGAGGGUAGGGUAGGAUAGGGUAGGGUAGGGUAGGGUAGGGUAGGUUAGGGUAGGGUAGGAUAACAUAAGAAUAAAGCAGGACACAGUAUGAAAUGACAAAGCAUGGUAGGGCUACGGCUUUGUAAAACAAAGAGUAAAAUUGAGCAGGGAAAGGAAGAAGUAGACAUGAGGAACGGACCAUGCCUGAGCCAAAUUUAGGUCGGGGCCUGGAGAUCCCGGAAAAGCACGGUCCGGCCCUUUUGCAUAUAAAAUUUUUUUUUUAAAUUGGACCGGACCUAACAGUUACCCCGGCCCGUUCCUCAUGUCUAGGCAGAAGAAAGGGCAGGACAAGGUGCGGCAUAGCAAAACAGCAUGCCAGGACUAAAAAGAUAAGUAAGGCAGUGUUACGGUAAUGGUAGGGUAGUAGGACACGAUUCUUGUGAGCCAGGGUAGGGUUGGAUAAGAUAAGGACAGUAGGAUAGGGUAUGGUAGGCCAGAGGGUAGGAUAGGACAAGGGCAGUAGAGUAUGGUAGAGUAAAAUAGGGUAGGGUAGGGACAAGACAGUGCAUGACAGGAAAGGUAGGAUUAGCUAUGGUCAAACUACAGUGAGGCUGGGUAGGGUACAAAUAGUAUUGGGUAGGUCAGAGUGGGGUAGGGUACAGUACGGUAGGGCAGGGUAAAGUAGGUUAGGGUAGCGUAGGGCAGGGUAAGGUAGGGCAGGGUAAAGUAGGGUAGGGUAAAGUAGGUUAGGGUAGGGUAAGGUAGGGCAGGGUAAAGUAGGGUAGGGUAGUAGGGCAGGGUAUCAGUAGGGUCAUUACAUCAACAUAAAAGCUACUUUCAGUGCCAGCACUGUGGCCGUCGUUUCGCCGACCAGUCCACAAUUCGUCGCCACCAAACUACAGUACAUUCGAUUGAGAAGCGAUUUGUUUGUCCAAUUUGUAAGAGAGUAAUCUCACGAAAAGACAAUUACCGAGUUCAUUUGAGGAAUCAUCGACAUAAUGAAGUUGAUAACGAUGUUGAGAUCAUCGACGUUGUCAAUGACGAGAAUGGGAUGGCCAAGGAACAGUCUGGCUGA